AUGGAGAAUACAAGAAGUAAUGAUGCAACUGAAUCCUCUGAGACUUGCAUGAGCCGAAUAGAACAAAUGCUUGAAGCCUUAACAGAAUCAAUGAGACAACAACAAAGACAACAACCUCUGCCUUCUUCGCCCCCUCCGGUCCAAGAAGAACAGAUAAACACUGACAUUAUCUCAUUGACUAAAAAAUUUACAAAGAUGAAGUCGCCAGCUUUUCUGGGUGGAAUUGAACCAUUGAAGGCCGAGACAUGGAUGCUUGAGAUGGAAAACUUAUUUGAAGUCUUUUUCUGUACCGAGAUUCAAAAGGUUUUGUUGGCAACCUACACUCUAAAAGAAGAGGCUAGGCGAAAAGUGUCUGAAUUCCAAGAACUCAAGCAAGACAAUAUGUCAAUAACAGAGUAUGAAGCCAAGUUCACCGAAUUGGCCCAGUUUGUUCCAUACAUAUUGGAUACCGAUUACAAAAAGGCUCAAAAAUUUAAAGGAGGCCUGACUUUAGACGUGUUUGAUUGGGUUAGUGUGUUAAAACUAUCCAAAUAUGUGGAUGUUCUUGAUAGAGCUCUAAUGGCCGAAGCCAACCUAGCUACUAUGAAACAAGCUAAAGCUCCAAUACCUGAAUGGAAAGGCAAAUGA